UUAACCAUAGGACUGGGACAUCUAAAGGCUUAGAGGCACAAACCCAGCACACAUGCUGGCAGUCAAUUGCCAAGCCAGGGGAGGUGAAACUGGAGCGAGAAAGGGAGUGAUGAGAGAGGAAGUGGGAGGAGGGCUGGAUGAGUAUGUGAGGGAGAGCAGGGGAAACCAGAGAAAAGAGGGCGGGCUCAAACUCAGGCAGUGCACACACACCCUCUACUCAGCAUACAGUCUGGUCUGGGCAGUCAAGAGGCAGCGUGUGCUAGUAUGUGCUGUAAUGUGUGUAGAGUGUAACGCUACGCCGGAGUCCAGGUGGUGUCUCACCGAUGCAGGAUUUCCCUCUUUUCUCUUCAGGAGGACACGUGCUGACUGUGUUUUAACUACCACAGGGAAUUAAGGAGGACAUUCACAGGAAAUACUGGGAGCUUAACUGAAGGUUAACUGACACCAACCUAUAAGCCUGUGUGGAACAUGAGGUCAGUGGAAGAUGAAAUAAUGCUGAUGAGGGGAAGAUAGUGGUGCCACUGCUCAACCAUAGAUAAUUGCAGUUGAAUCAUGGGAAAUGUGGAGAGUCAGAAUGGAGACAAUGGUUUCUAUGUUGACAGAACAGGACAUAUGUCCCGUAAGCACACAUCCCGCUCCAUUCGCCUCUCCAACAAGCAGCUGGUCACCCGUCGUACAAGGCAUUCCUCAACAGUGAAACAGGAACACAGGAACUCUGAAACCUCAACUCGCUCCUCUAGUACCCCAAGCAUCCCACAAUCCUUAGCAGAGAACGGACUUGAACAUUUCAAUGCAGCAGAUGAGUUGGGAGAGUUCGGCAUCAACCCACACUGGACACAACGAGUUGCUAUGACAAUGAGGCCAGAGUCCUAUCAGCAUGAUGAGGACCCCCUGGCAACACCUACUCCUGAAACCUCAGAAGCAGAUACUGUCGCUCAUGAUGGAGGAGAGGACUCGUUGGGGGAUGGGGAGGGAGAUGUUAUUGGAGUGGAAAGAUACCUUCAGCGGAUGACUGAAGCUCCCCGAGAGGGAGGGAAUUUUAAAAAAAAGCGGUCAAAGUCAGCAGACAUGUGGAGGGAAGAUAGCCUGGAGUUCUCACUGUCUGACCUCAGCCAGGAGCAUCUGACCAGCACUGAAGAGAUGAUUGAUGGAGGGGAGGAAGAGGAGGAGGAGGAGCAGUUCCCAUGUCCCAGAGGCAGUGCAGGCUCAGCUGAAAGGGCGUCAUCCCUGGACCAUCUGUGCAGCCAGCAGAGUCCUGGCCUCCGGGGGCAGAGGAGUCGCUAUGUUAAAAACAGUAGAGAGGCAGAGUGCAAUGGAGAUGGAGAAGGGGAAGACGGGUUGAUGUCUCCAACUGAGGAGGACAGUGGCGGGUACGGAGCAUUCACGCUCCCCUGUCGACGCUCUCACUGUCUCUCUGAAGGCUUAUCAGGGCUGGGGAUCCCUGCUGCACCGUGCCCUGCCUUCCAGGGACGGCGUGCACAAACUACUCAGGACAUCUCUGGUGUCUUGGGUGAGGGAAGUGAAUAUGGCGACAGCGGAAUUGAUGGUGUUGCCACAGAGAUAGAUGGAGAUGGAGAACUGGUUUCCCGGCGAUGUAAAGCCAUGUCUGCCUCUUUCUCAGUGUACUCAGCCACUGAGAGCAGUGUUUUUAAUGGGAGCGACAGUGGGAGCAGCAGUGCUGGUGGAGGAGAGGGAAGAGGGGGUGAUGGAAGCAGGGGAGGAGUGUAUGAAAACUUCCGGAAGGAGCUGGACAGUCAAGUCUGGACAAAUCUGGGCCGAGACUGCACGGAGGAGGCAGGGUCAGCUUUAAGUGAUGAGCAGAGUAGUGGCACCCUCAGCAGUGUGUAUCCAUCUGACACUGUGAUUAGCUGUGCUCAAGGCACAGUCAGGAAAGCUGGGGCUCUGGCUGUGAAGAACUUCCUGGUUCAUAAGAAAAACAAGAAGGUGGAACCUGCAACAAGACGCAAGUGGAAACAGUACUGGGUGUCUCUGAAAGGCUGCACCCUUUUCCUGUAUGAAUCAGAUGGUCGCUCAUGCAUUGACCAUAACAGUGUUCCUAAGCAUGCCUUGUGGGUGGAGAACAGCAUUGUCCAGGCUGUACCUGAACAUCCCAAGAAAGACUUCGUCUUCUGCCUCAGCAACUCAGUGGGAGACGCCUUCCUCUUCCAGACAUCAGGCCAAACUGAGCUAGAAAACUGGAUCACGGCAAUCCACUCUGCAUGUGCUGCUGCUCUUGCUCGACAGCACCACAGGGAGGAUACAGUGCGACUGCUGCGAACCGAAAUCCGCAAGUUGGAGCAAAAGAUUGACAUGGAUGAGAAAAUGAAGAAAAUGGGAGACAUGCAACUGUCCACUGUCACUGAUGCCAAAAAGAGAAAGACCAUACUCGAGCAGAUCUUCUUGUGGGAGCAGAACUUGGAGCGGUUCCACAUCGAUCUUUUCCGCUGUCGCUGCUACCUGGCCAGUCUGCAGGGUGGCGAACCUCCCAAUCCCAAACGCCUCUUGGGUUUUGCUUCACGUCCCACCAAACUGGCCAUGGGUCGCUUGGGCAUUUUCUCUGUUUCUUCCUUCCAUGCACUGGUGUCUGCCCGGACUGAAAGCAGCAUCAGGAGACGGAACCAGGCUUUGCCUCGUACCUUCAGUAAACGCCGAAGCCGUUUCUCCUCCCUGUGGGGUCUGGACACAGUUUCCAAGAGGAAGACUAAGGGACAUCCUUCAGUUGAUCAGGUGUUUGUUGAUGGGAUGGAGCCUGUGAGAAAACCCUUGGAGCGCAUGUCUGAAGACUCUGCCAGUGAAAGAUCUAAAAAAACUCACGACUCUGUAAAAAGUCUUCCUCAACAAAAUGUAGAAAGUGAUAUUUGGGUUCCUGAUUACCUAAAACCCUCCUGGGUGAGUCUGCCGAACAAUCAGCCUGUCCUGGCGAUCAUACAGCCUGGCGAGACAGCACUGGAAAUCCUAAGCACCAUCUGCAAGACUCAUAAGAUUGAUCCUUCUGGCCACUACCUACGUGUGAAGGUGUGGGUUGACAACCAAAUGCUUUUUUAUAUUCCCAAACUUGAAGAGGACGUUUCUGAUCUGCUCUACAAAGAGAUUGAGAUUUGCCCCAAAGCUACCAAGGUGAUCCGGUUUGACAAAGCCGAGUCCUGCACCAUUGGAUAUGGUUUUUCUGUGGCAGUUAUAGAUGAGGAUGGAGUGCAGCAACUUCAUAUUACUGAGGUGAAAACAGGAGGACUGGCGUCAGCUAAAGGUUUGAAAGCAGGGGAUGAGAUUCUUCUUCUCAACGACAAACCUGCAUCUGCCCUCCAAAUGGAUGAUAUGAGGGCUGCAUUUGUAAACCAUAUGUUAACCUUGAGCGUCAGUGCCCUGCCCCAGCUGGACCCGCAGGUGCUGUGCACCCUUCCACCUCGGCGAUCUGAAGGGGAACAAGACCCAACCACAGACAUCUUCUCCCAGAGUCAUGAGGACAUCCUGGAUGAGGUGUCCGGUUUGACAGUGGAGAGCCCAGAAGAGAGUUUUGAGGAAGGACCACAAUUAACCCCUCAGAGCCCUGGAGCUCAUCCAGAAGACAGAUCAUUCAUCGGUACUGGACAGAAGAGCACAGAGCAGGUCACUGCUUUCUGUCGCAGUCUGCACGACAUGAACCCCCUCGAGUGCCCUAUGUCAUCCUCCUCAUCUUCAUCAUCUUCAUCCCUCUCCCCGAGCCCUGUGUCAGUUUUACCGCCCACAGCGGGCAGUGCCACCCUGAGACAGCUCUCGCACACAGACAAACUGCGCAAGGUUAUCAGUGAAUUGGUGGAAACGGAGAAAACUUAUGUCAAAGACCUGAGCUGCCUAAUAGAAUGCUACUUGACGCCUUUGCAGAAGGAGAGCUUCCUUUCACAGGAUGAGCUGGACGUUUUGUUCGGUAACCUUGGUGAGAUGGUGGAAUUCCAAGUAGAGUUCUUGCGGACACUGGAAGAUGGAAUCAGACUGGUGCCAAAUUUGGACAGACUGGAGAGGGUGGAGCAGUUUAAGAAGGUGCUAUUCUCCUUGGGUGGGUCAUUUCUGUAUUAUGCGGAUCGGUUCAAGAUCUACAGUGCUUUCUGUGCCAGCCACACCAAGGUCCCGAAGGUCCUGGCUAAAGCUAAAACUGACCCAGAAUUUAAGGCUUUCCUGGCUGAGAGAAACCCCAGACAGCAACAUUCAUCCACUCUGGAGUCUUACUUGAUCAAACCCAUCCAGAGAGUUCUGAAGUAUCCUCUACUGCUGAGGGAGCUCUACUCUCUGACAGACCCUGACAGUGAAGAACACUACCAUCUGGAUGUUGCAAUGAAGGCCAUGAAUAAAGUUGCAAGUCACAUCAAUGAGAUGCAAAAGCUUCAUGAGGAGUACGGAGCUGUUUUUGACCAGCUCAUCAACGAACAGACGGCAGAUAAAAAAGAGGUGCCUGAUCUCUCAAUGGGGGAUCUUUUGCUACAUUCAACUGUGGUGUGGAUGAAUCCUCCAGCCUCUUUGUUUAAGACUAAAAAGGAUCCUGAAUUAGCAGCCUUUGUGUUUAAAACAGCUGUUGUAUUUGUGUUCAAAGACUGCUCCAAGCACAGGAGGAAAAUGGGUGGCUCUCAUCGCGUGUCUGUGAGUGAUGACAGAGAUCCCUUCCGUUUCCGUCACAUGAUUGCAACAGACUGUCUGCAAAUCCGUUCUCUUGCAAACACUGAAUCCACAGCAGUGUGUGAAAUAGUCCACACAAGGUCUGAAUCAGAGGGAAGACCAGAGAGAACCUUCCAGCUUUGCUGCAGCUCACCAGAUAGCAAAAAGGACUUCCUGAAAGCAGUCCACUCCAUCCUCAGGGAGAAACAACGCCGGCAGCUUCUUAAGACGGAGUCUCUGCCACCCAAUCAGCAGUAUGUCCCAUUUGGUGGCAAACGCCUUUGUGCCCUCAAAGGUUCACGACCUGCUAUGAACAGAGCAGCUUCAGCCCCAUCUCGUACACUGUCUCACAGGAAGCUGGUGAGAAACCGCAUCACCAUUGAUACUGAUCUGGUUUUCCAUGGCAACAACAACAAUGGUGAUUAUGCCAACCCUUUCCAACACUCAUCUUACCAUUCCACUUCCUCACACUCCCAACAUGCCCACCAUCAGUCCCAUAAACCACAAGGUGAGGAUACGGAUCGUUGGGUGGAAGAACAGUUCAACCUGGGUUGCUAUGAAGACCAGUGUGAAGGCAUCGAUGUGAGGCAGGUGAAGGAGACAGACAUUUUGAGCGAUGACGAUGAGUACUGUAAGUCAGUCCGAUCUGCAUCAGCAGAGCAGGAAGCCCUGGAGGUGGAUAUGGAAGGACUGAAUUUGCAAAGCCGUAAGAAAAAUCGGAACAAUCAGGUGGCAAAUAUAAGUGAGAUCAUGCAGAGUGUGCAAGUCGAUCAGAUACAGCACACGGACAGUUCAGGCUCUGUAGACUCCUUCACAUCUUGUGCCACCUCUGUCUCCCUCUGCGCAACCUCUACUGUAAAGCUGGCCCCAUUGAAGCAGUGUUCUGUGGAGGGGGCCACAAACAAGGACCAUGAUGUAAUCUGGGUGCGGCGAGAUGAUUUUACUAAUGGGUGCAACAGUGACAUCUUCUAAUGGGGUAUUGCAAAAGACACAAUGAAGAGCGACAAAUGGAGAUGUCUUCCGCUUUUUUAAUUAAAGUAGGAGUGAGAAAAAAAUGCGAGAAAAUGGACACAAGCUUUAAAUAUGUAGAAAUUUUGGAACAUAUACAGCCAUCUGUCACAUAAAAUAAUCCUAAACUUAUACCUGAAACCCCUGACUGUUCUCUCAAUCCCAAAGUACUAAAACACCCACUGAGUGAAGAUGAUGUGCGAUGAAAUUUUAGUCCAGAGCUUUUUCUGUGAAGAUGAACCAGAGAACCUUCAUUGUGUUGGACAUGUACCCUGGCAUCUCACACACACUAGUAAAUAUUUUACAUGAAGAAAACACUGCAUGUACACGCAAAUAAACAAGCAAGUGUGUGUGUUUAUAUAUUGCAAGUGCACAUAGUUUGCAAACACAGGCAGCUACUGUCCCUUGUGCACACACUGCACCAUGAUAAUGUUAUCACUUAUCUGAGACUGCGGCCAAAAUGUCUAUUUUUCAACACAGGAAUGUGAGUGUUAUAUUUUUGUGACUCAGAAGCUUUGUUUGUAUUUUAACACCCAAGGGCUGCGUGUUACUGAACUUUUCUUCAGGGGUUUUUGGCUUAAUGACUGCUGUGUAAAAGAUGGUGUGCUCCAACUAGCUUUAUUUUGCUUUGUAUUGUUUUAACUUAAUAUCAGCCACACAUCGAUGUAUAGUCAGGUGUACAAUAGUGCCGUUAACCUCUUGUAUAAAACUUUUUAAAGCUCACUUUCUCCUAUUAUAUCCUUUUUAAAAAAAGAUAGUUUGUACAAGAAAUAUUCUACCUAGCCACUAUUUAAUAUUUAGUUUUUAAAAUUUACUGUAAUUCUUAAUGUUAACACCAUAUACAGCUGCCCAUUGUUAUAAACUACCUUUUGUUUGUUGUGGUUCCAAAUGCAGGCUUCAUAAAGCCUUCGCUUAUGCCCUUUAUAAGAAUGUUAAGUCAUUAAGUUUUUUCCCAAAUAAAAUAUAAUUUUAUUUUUGAUCAUUUAUGCAUUACACCAAGUUCAUUAAAAUACUGGACUCUCUCUUCAUGCAUAGUUCCCCAGAUAUAGAAUAAUUGCUCCAAUCCUGUGUACUUGAAUUGUCUUAAAGGGGGUAUUUAACAAAGCUGUAAUUAAAAGACCAAUCAUGCAGCAAUCUCAAUUUUCAGACAUCUCCUUUUUUCCCUCUAUUUUUUUCUCUUUUGUCCCAUUAACAUUUUACAUCUCUUUUUGCAUUUGUUUCGCGGUCCUGCAACUCUUCCAAUCUUACACCAGGUGGUACUGUUUCACUGUCAUCACAACCUGCUGUAUGCUCUGCUUCAACACAAUGGUGUACACCUUCAUGGAUGUAUUGAUUGUGCACUUAAAAUCAAACUGCAAGGAUGGAAUCUAAGCUACUCUGAUUCAUAGUGAAGAGAGAGAAGAUGGAAUUAACACUUUAUAUGUUUUUCUUAUUAUUGUCUGUUUAUUAUGAUGCUGGUUACUUAGAUGUUAGCUUACUGUGGGCCUGACCCUUGGUAAGGACUUCCAACUGUGAGGUACAAUCAUUUGCCUUGAAGGUAAAUCCUGUGAGAACCCUUUUAACUCCCACCCCUUUGUACUUUAUAAAAACAAUGUUCGUACUUCAAUCUGUGGAGCAUUAUCAUUUUUAUGUGAAAAUAAAUUUCUUAA